AUGUCCAGUCUUGUGAGCAACGACCUGCAACCUCGCCAACGUAUGAAAUAUGCGAAAAAAGCAUGCUCCGAGUGCAAAAGACGCAAAAUAAGAAUGAUCCUUGCCGUGGUUGCAGGACGAGCAGAGGACUUGAAACAGCCUCUACCAAGAAAUUUCUGCUCCCAACAACCGUGGCAGCAUCAAAAUGUACCAAAUGCGCAAUUGGAAAGCCCAAGCUUUGCUCUCGGGUCUUUGCCUUACCCAUCGCCACAACGGCAGUUUUAUCAUGCGAUUGAAAUCAACGACAAUGACGUUCCUGGAGAUUCGCUUGCCAGGUCGACGCUUUUCCUGCCCUUUGCAGACGAUCUCGAGCCUGGUCCUAAUCCCGACUUUCCAGCUUCUACUGCUCCACCAGCAGCGCGAAAACCUUCGUCUACUCAUGUGAGCUCGCAACUGUACCCGGAUCAGCAACUCGGAAUUACAUUAAAACACUGCUUCGACGAGCUUGAACUGUUUUAUCCGUGCAUGGACCGGUCCGACUUCUAUGAACGACUGUCAGACCUUUUUAUCAUUCAUUGCACAUGUCAGGGAAGGUCGACACAAAUACCUCUUCUAGCCAAGCAUCUUUCUCUCGCAGCACUGACAUGCAUCUUGCUGGCAAUUGGAACCUACCUAGGCUACGGUGUCUCUGCCAAUGACGAGCAACGUUCUCAAGGUGACGACGACUGUUUACAGGCGUCGAUGUCGUGGUAUGCGGAAAGCACAAUGCUGCUCACCAAAUUUGAUUGGACUGAGCAACCGAACACCGAUGUUCUCAGGUUUCACAUGCUCGAGGUCAUUUAUAUGACCAUGCUCGAUAAGAGAGGCGGUGUAACAAAAUCCUUGUCGAUUGCUGUUGACCUCGCAUAUUCAUUGCGCGUGAACAAUGAGCGUACGUGGUCUACUUGUACCAUACGGGAACAAGAAUAUCUGCGCCUCUUGUGGUGGACUCUGUACUAUAUGGACCGUCGGGUUGCCCUGAGCUUCGAGCGUCCUGUUUUGAUUCGAGACACCGACUUCUUCGUAGACGAGUUCCGCUGCACUUCCGCUCGACACUACAUGGAGAAUGACGAGUGGCACGACCGCGCAGAUAAUUCAUCUUCUAUUGGCCUCGUGUGGCCCAUGCCUUCAAAACCACCAGAAGACUUCUUCCACUGGCUGAAAUUCUGCGUCAGAUGGAGCAAAAUUGUGACGCGGAUCUGGGACACUUCCUUUUCACUGAAAGCCACGGAGGCAGCAGCCCUGAAUGCGAUUGAAAUAACCGAUGAUUUAUUGAUGGAAGCCGAAAAUGAUUUGCCCGCAAGCCUUAGAUGGGAUGCCACGUCGUUACCAUGUUCGAUCUUGCCCGGUGAUAUGGACAGAACAUAUCGUCUGAAAGUAAUUGUGUACGAGGUUCGUAAACGGCCCCUGUUUCCUCCCUUUCCAGACAACUCCAACGCUAAAAAUGGUCCUUGCCAAGCUAUUACACAAGGCAGCAGAUAUGAGCGUACAGUUCAGAUGACCGAAACUUUGGCGUCCUCAGCAAUGGACGCGAUUGUCACCUAUCUCACGUUGCGGAACUACGCUCGGCCGUGGAGCACAUAUGCCAGCAUUCUUCUUGUUCAGCUGUCUUCUCGGAUCUCACCCUUUGUCAAAUCUCGAAAUUCUUUGACGGAUACGUCUUGCAGAGUGAUCGCUUCCAUCAACAACGCUCAUUUUUGCAUGGAAGAACUAGCGAACGCUAGACUGUCAGCCGCUAAGAGAGCAUCUUCGCGCUUGACUCUUGUGCUCGAAGAACUGCUUCUCCUUUGUUCUACAGGCAUUCCAGAAUUGUUCACCGCGCCAGACACAAUGUUGGUCCAUCUUUCAGAGCUUCGCGAUCAAGACAGCUGCAGCACGACGGCUAUUAACCGCUCCGGCAUUGACUUCGAUGAUGUUUCUGUAGACCCUUUUUGGGAAAAUCUACUCUCCACUGGCGGACCAAUGUCUAAGACUAUAGCAAAUUUGAGUUAA